AUGUUUUCCCACCCCAUCAUCCAGGGCCCCCUCGUGUGGGAUGGAUCCAUCGAGGCUUCGCCCGAGCUCUUCACCUUGACUCUCGAGAAGGAGGACCAGGUCGAGAUUGACACAGCCCUUGAGGUUUUCAAAUCCUACGGACUCGACGGCGGCGACGUCUCCGCUGACAACUUCCCCCUCCCCGGACUGAAGAAGCGCCUUGAGAAGGUCAAGGAGGAGCUCCACAAUGGCGUGGGUUUUUACGCGAUCCGGGGCAUUGACCAGUCCAAGUAUUCGGUCGAGGAUUCCGUCGUUAUCUACCUCGGUCUCGCCCGUCACAUUGGAGAUCGCUUUGGUCUCCAGGAUCGAGAUGGCAACAUCCUUUGUCACGUUACCGAUUCCAAAGCCUGGAGCGUCCCGGCAGAGCUUCGUCAUGGAAUUCAUUCCAACAAGAGCCUGCCCUUCCAUAAUGACAUGGGUUGCGAUAUCCUCGGCCUUCAAGUUCGGCAGAGUGCCUCCAACGGCGGAUCCACCUAUCUCGCCUCCGCCGCGACCAUUUUCAAUGAUUUGGUUAAGACUAAGCCCGACGUUGUCGAAACUUUGUUGAGCCAAACCUGGCCCAUUCAGGUGUCUGGCCAGAAAGCGAACUACAUCCUCGCGCCUUUGAUGAAGAUUUUCGAGGGCAAGCUUUUGACCAGCGUCGAUCCUGGUCGGCUCGGCCCUUACCCUAGUGCCGAUUCGAAGCCGAGCGAGGUUCCAAGUCUCACUGAGUCCCAGCAGGCGGCUCUCGAUGCCCUGAUGGAAUCUGCUAAGAAGCACGAGGUCCGCGUUUCGUUGAACGCUGGAGACUUGUUCUUCAUCAACAACUGGGCAGUCCUGCACCGCCGUGAUUCGUAUCAUGACGAUGACGACACUUCGCGCCACUUGGUUAGGCUCUGGCUUCGGAACUCCCAGAUGGGUUGGGCUGUUCCUGAGGAGAUGCAGAUGCCGUGGAAGGCCGCCUACGGACGGAAGGAGGAGGAUGGCGUCUACGCCAUCCUGCCCAUGCCCGAGUACAAGGUUCCGCGUUAUACAGCUGGCUCCGCUGCUUUCAUGAUCGAAGACAGCGAUGAUGAGUGA